CUUUAACAAAGUCACUGGCAGAGCAAAAGAGCCUUGAGGGCAACGCUUGGCACAAUGACAACAAAACGGAAAGAGCUAGAACGUGGCAUGCGUUUCAAGCCUUUUGGGAGGGCGUCACUGCUGCUGUUGAUGCUGAUGGGCGUUGUGGAGGCGGUGUGGGCGACACCAUCGCUGUAUACAAGCUAUCAGAACCAGCGCUUCGCCAUGGAGCCGCAGGACCAGACGGCUGUGGUUGGAGCACGGGUAACGCUGCCAUGUCGGGUCAUCAACAAGCAGGGCACGCUGCAAUGGACAAAGGACGACUUUGGCCUGGGCACUUCGCGUGAUCUGAGUGGAUUUGAGCGCUACGCAAUGGUUGGCAGCAAUGAGGAGGGUGACUACUCGUUGGACAUCUAUCCGGUGAUGCUGGACGAUGAUGCUCGCUACCAGUGUCAAGUGAGUCCCGGACCCGAUGCCCAACCAGCCAUACGAUCAACAUUUGCGGGCCUAACGGUUCUAGUGCCACCAGAGGCUCCAAAAAUCACACAGGGCGAUGUCAUCUAUGCCACCGAGGACCGCAAGGUGGAGAUUGAGUGUGUGUCAAUUGGCGGCAAGCCCGCAGCCGAGAUUACAUGGAUUGAUGGCCUGGGCAACGUACUAACGGAUAACAUUGAGUAUACAGUUAUACCGCUGCCCGAUCUGCGUCGCUAUACGGCAAAAUCGCUGCUACGCCUCACACCCAAAAAGGAGCACCACAACACGAAUUUCACGUGCCAGGCACAGAAUACGGCAGACCGCACCUAUCGCUCAGCAAAAAUACGUGUCGAGGUUAAAUACGCGCCCAAAGUCAAGGUGAAUGUGAUUGGCCCUGGAAGCGGUAGCGCCAUCGGCUCUCCCUCCACAUCCACCUCCGUCUCCGGUUCUGUCGCCGUUCAGCGGAUUGUGGAACAUGCACAGGUGCGACUUGAGUGCCGAGCCGAUGCCAAUCCCAGCGAUGUCCGUUAUCGCUGGUACAUCAACGACGAGCCAAUUAUAGGCGGUCAAAAAACUGAGAUGGUCAUACGCAACGUGACGCGCAAGUUCCAUGACGCCAUUGUUAAAUGCGAGGUACAGAAUUCUGUGGGCAAGAGCGAGGACAGCGAGACGCUGGACAUAAGCUAUGCGCCCAGUUUCAAGCAACGCCCACAAUCGAUGGAGGCAGAUGUGGGCAGCAUUGUCUCGCUCAACUGUGAGGUGGACAGCAAUCCGCAACCGGAGAUUGUCUGGAUACAGCAUCCCAGUGACCGUGUGGUCGGUACCAGCACCAAUCUAACAUUUAGUGUGAGCAACGAGACAGCUGGACGCUACUAUUGCAAAGCGAAUGUGCCUGGCUAUGCCGAGAUCUCAGCCGAUGCCUAUGUUUAUCUGAAGGGUUCGCCCAGCAUCAGUUCGCUGCGCUCGCAAUGUGGUCUCGUUGGCGAUACGGCGCGCAUUGAGUGUUUUGCCAGUAGUGUGCCAAGAGCUCGUCACGUCUCCUGGACGUUCAAUGGGCAGGAGAUUAGCUCCGAGUCAGGUCACGAUUACUCCAUACUGGUCGAUGCGGUGCCCGGUGGAGUGAAGAGUAUUCUCAUCAUACGCGACAGCCAGGCCAAUCACUAUGGCAAAUACAACUGCACGGUCGUCAACGACUAUGGCAACGAUGUGGCCGAGAUUCAGCUGCUGCCAAAGAAGAGCGUAUCCCUAUAUAUGACGGAAGUGUACGGCCUUUCAAUGUUGGCCUUCGUGGUGGUGUUCAUUGUCAUUCUCAUUCUGAUCUACUUGAAGUUCAGGAAACGCACAAAACUUCCACCCGCUGACGUCAUCAGCGAGCAUCAGAACACAAAGAUCGGCGGUGUUAGCUGCAAAAUGGAACCAGGCGAUCGCACUUCCAAUUACAGUGACCUCAAGUUGGAUAUAUCUGGCGGUUACGUGCCCUACGGUGACUACAGCACACACUAUAGCCCACCGCCACAAUAUCUGACCUCCUGCUCGACCAAGUCCAAUGGAAGCUCGACAAUACUGCAGAACAACCAUCAGAAUCAGUUGCAGCUGCAGCAGCAGCAACAACAUCAACAGCAGCACAACCACCACAGUCACAGCCACCACCAGCAGCAGCAGCAGCAACAGCAGCAGCAGCAGACGGCGGGGCAGAGUGUGCCGAUGACCUUCCUGACGAACAGCAGCGGUGGCAGUCUCACUGGCAGCAUUAUUGGGGCACGCGAGAUACGACAGGAGAACGGCUUGCCUAGUCUGCAGUCGACAACGGCAUCGGUGGUUAGCUCAUCGCCGAAUGGCAGUUGCAGCAAUCAGAGCACCGCCACCACCACCCAUGUGGUGGUUCCCAGUUCAAUGGCAUUGAGCGUUGAUCCGCGUUACAGCGCCAUCUAUGGUAAUCCCUAUUUACGUACGUCAAAUUCGUCGCUGUUGCCCCCGCCCACAGCGGUCUAAGCAGUUAGUUGCCUAUGGGUGUGCGAGCAACUAAAGCCAACCCGCCCACUCGCCCUACCCAGCUGAGCAGCCAUCCAAGCAAGAAUAACAACAACAACACUCGUAAGACUGAUCUCAAGAGCGCACGUUGAGCGCCACACGGCGGUCAGUGGAGAAGGGA